AUCAGACACCACCAACACACAAACUCCAUUUACUCCCGCAGGGCACGUUUUUACAUCACAAACACCGCCCAACUCCAUGAGUCCGAAUGAUCUACGAUGAUCGAUCGAUCACCCAACUCUCGCAACCAUGAAGCCACUCGUCUAUGUAUUUUGCACUCGCACCCAACUGCCUCGACUCUGCAGGAAGAAGAUAAAAACGAACAGCUCGACUACUCGUUUAUACACGGAAGAAAGUUCUCUGCACGUGAUAUCAAAGAUUCACAUGACCCAAACCCCCUUCACCGUAUCCGACGCAGAGGUCUUGAGAACGCCUAACCACCCAAUAUAAAAGACGAAGCUGAAGACACACAACAGAUAAAAAUUGGAUCUCCGCUAUUUGAUAUCUUCAAAGACUGUAUAUCGG